UUUAUUUUGUCAGCAAAAUCUCGACACUUUCCGGUAGCCGUUUGUCCGUCAACCGUUAACUUGACGCAAUUGUGGAGGCAACACCGAGCGAAGCUACCGUCAACCAGUGUGUAAAGUGCAACAAAAUGAGAGCUGCCCAUUAACUUUGCCUUUUCACUGCCACACAGGCAGAGGGAUACUUUGUCGGAUAAGCAAUUAUCUUGUCAUUUUUCUGCCUGGAGAGAUCCGCCGGGCUAAGCUGACAGCCGUCGGGCCUCGUCGUCGCGGCCCAGCAGGACUCGAGUGAAGUUGAGAGCGGACUGCCAAACUUCUGCUUCCUCCAGCGGCUCUCCGCAGGGCCCGGGGCUCCUGUCACCGGCCCUGUGGAUGAGGAAGUGAGAACGAAUCUAAUCCGCCUCCCAGGAGAAAGGAAUCCCUUUGAUGGGAGAAUCCUCUUUCCUGGCCUCCUGGGUCAAUCGCCGUGCCAUGAUGAUGGAUGAGCAGGAGGCGUUGAACUCGAUCAUGCAGGACUUGGUCGAACUGCACCGCUCUAGCCGUCCUGCCAUGUUCCUGUCGGACUUGGGCAAACCCAAAGCCUCCUCGCCCAAGAACCAGAACGACGUCAGAGUGAAGUUCGAGUUCAAAGGGGAGAAGAGAAUCUUGCAGUUCCCUCGACCUGUCAAGCUCGACGACCUGAGGUCAAAAGCUAAAGUGGCUUUCGGUCAGACGAUGGACCUUCACUACACCAACAAUGAGCUGGUGAUUCCGCUGACCACUCAGGACGACCUGGACAAGGCCGUGGAGCUGCUGGAUCGCAGCGUUCACAUGAAGAGCCUGAAGAUCCUCCUGGUGCUCCAGAUUUCCUCUCAGAACUCCUCUUCCAGUAUGGACCUCUUGCCGUCCCACGAGGAGCUGGACAACACAGGAUUCAGGGUUGCUGACAAGAAGAGUCUGCCGGCUUUGAUAGGUUCCCAUUCGACGGAUCGCAGCUCUCCUCCUCCGGGAUACAUUCCCGACGCUCUCCAGCAGGUGGCGAGGAACGGCUCCUUCACCAGCAUCAACAGCGAGGGAGAGUUCAUUCCUGAGAGCAUGGACCAGAUGUUGGACCCAUUGUCCAUGAGCAGUCCGGAGAACUCUGCGUCUGGAAGUUGUCCCUCCUUAGACAGCCCACUGGACAGUGACUACCCAAAGUCCAGGAUGCCUAGAGCACAGAGCUACCCAGACAACCACCAGGACUUUCCAGAGUACGACAUCCCAGUGUUUGAGAAGUCGGGGAAAGGGGGAACGUAUCCUCGACGCUAUGGCAUUCCCUUCGGCCUUCAGGACUACAGUGAUGGGAGGAAGACCUUCCCUCGGGCUCGGCGAACGCAGGUUCACGGUUUCCGCUCGCCGGUCAGCUUUAGUCCAACCGAGCAGUCGCCCAGCACCAGCAGCGGCAGCAGCGUCUUCACCCCCGACCUGGAAGAGGCCCCGGGUCCUGCCAGAAGGCCGCGGAGGGGCAGCGACAUUGAGCCCAACCACAAUCCGACUACUGCUCCCACCCUCUCCGUCAUGGACAUCAGUCCACCCAGCCGCUCUCCACGUGCUCCAACCAACUGGCGGCUGGGAAAGCUUCUGGGUCAGGGUGCCUUUGGACGGGUUUUCCUCUGUUAUGACGCCGAUACUGGACGGGAAUUGGCAGUCAAACAGGUCCAGUUUGACCCGGAGAGUCCGGAGACCAGCAAGGAGGUGAGCGCGUUGGAGUGUGAAAUCCAGCUUCUGAAGAACCUGUGCCACGAGCGGAUUGUCCAGUAUUACGGCUGUCUGCGAGACACGAUGGAGCGAACGCUGUCCAUUUUCAUGGAGUACAUGCCUGGCGGCUCCAUUAAGGACCAGCUGAAGUCGUACGGAGCACUGACGGAAAAGGUGACACGCCGCUACACCCGGCAGAUCCUGGAAGGGGUUUCCUACCUGCACAGCAACAUGAUCGUCCACAGAGACAUCAAAGGAGCCAAUAUCCUUCGUGAUUCGGUGGGUAACGUGAAGCUGGGAGACUUCGGGGCCAGCCGGCGGCUGCAGACCAUCUGUCUGUCAGGAACAGGCAUCAAGUCGGUGACCGGCACCCCCUACUGGAUGAGCCCGGAAGUGAUCAGUGGAGAGGGCUACGGCAGGAAGGCCGACAUCUGGAGUGUCGGCUGCACCGUUGUGGAGAUGCUGACCCAACGACCCCCAUGGGCAGAGUUCGAGGCCAUGGCGGCCAUCUUUAAGAUCGCCACCCAGCCCACUAACCCGGUUCUCCCAGCCCACGUGUCGGACUACUGCCGAGAGUUUCUCAAACGGAUCUUUGUAGAGACAAAGCAGCGUCCGUCUGCUGAUGAGCUACUGAGGCACAUCUUUGUACAUUAACCUGACCCCCGAACCUUUGAACCCCCGCCCGCCCGCCUGCCGAACUGCCAGACACGGCCUUACCUGAAGAAGGCGUCUCUGCCUCCGACCCCCGCUCCCUCCACCUCCAAGCUGAAACCGCAUUAGACCAGGAAGAACUGGCUGGAAGAAGGUGGGGUGUGUAGGCGGGGGGUGGCGCGUACCUGCUCCUCCUGUCUCCGUUUGAAUGAGGCUGCCAUAGAAGACAUGAAUUUUUAUUUUAUUUUUCUCCGCAAGUUGCACCUUAAUUUGUCAAAAGAGGAGGGGUUGAGCACUUCCUCCUGAAGCGAUGAAAAACGACUAUUUGAAAACGUCUCCUUUUUUAUGUUUGUACGGUUUCUCUCUUCAAACGUUUUGGAGUGGGAUAGUGUCGGUGUUGUGGACCUACAGGAGGUGAUGCCUGACCCCCGAGUGGCUCUGCUCCCCCAUCUCGCUGACCCGACCCCAGAAUGUAGUCUGAUGCCAAAACCCAGAGCGAUGGUGAUGACCUGGGCCCGCUGCUAUAGACGAAACUAUAUCCCAGACGCAGAGAACACUCCCCAAAAACAGUUUCCACUCACCUUCUGGUCUGGUCUCUCAGAUGAAAUGUUUUGUCUCUGCUUUACUGUCUGUAAUCCCCCCCCAUCUUCGUUCUUUGCCGUGUGCCUUUUCUGUUUUUAAACGCAGUGUAGGAAUGGGUCUUGAGUUCGUGGAUAAUCUCCGUCGUCCUUAGUCGCAGAAGUUCUCAGUGUUGUUUUGCCUCCUGGAUAAACUGCCUUGGCACCGUUAGCCCAAAUCCGGCUGAUCUCAGUUCAGCAGUAAUGUCCGUUUUUUGCCUUUUCUGUAUCAGAGACUCCUGGUAUUUGAGAUGGGAUCCCGCCUCAGCUCGGCUCAUUUGAUUUGUUGGCCCGGUAACCAAAUACCCUUCAGACUUUUUGUUUGGGAAAACUUGCUGUGCUGGUUUAAUAGUGAGAAGUGGCUGGUGAAAAAAUGUAAGUUUCACAUAGCAACCGGUACUCAGACAUGGAUUGGUACUUUAGAGGCGGGAACAGUGUUCGGAUGUGUUGAUUUCUUUUUUUUUCUUCGACUUUUCGACUGCACCCUCGUCUCCUCUGCUUCUCGAAGUAUUCAGUGGUCAGAUCGGUUGACGUCUUCAACCAGGGCAGAUCGGUCUCUCUCUUGGGGAUUGAGGUGGAUUAUCUGUGAGGAAGUUUCCACCAGAGAGUCAGUUCAUCGCUGUUUAAUGCUGACUUGUGCUGGUACGUCACUGGUGCUAAUGUCGUCCUUUUUAGCAGCUCAGAUUCUGGCAGUUUUAUACAAAUUAGCGGUGGAAUAUUUAAGAAUAUUUCAUUUCAAAUCCUGCGUCUAAUACAGUAGUAUAGACAGGUCAUUCUGCAAAAACAGUGCAGAAGCCAUACAAGGACUUAUCCUAAAUAAAACAAAGCACUAAAUCAACUAGUGAACAUUUUUUGGCAACAAUUUUAUUAAUUGUUUAAGCAUUUUUAAGCAAAAAUUACAAAAAACACAUAGGUUCCAGUUCCCCAUUUGAAGCUAGAUGGAAUUCCUUUGGGUUUUGGACUCUCGGUCAGACAAAGCAAGACAUUUGAUUAUGUAAACUCACUUAUGGGCUCUGGCACAGGGUGAUGAACAUUUUUCACAGAAUACAGAGUAAACAAGUGGUCGGUCAAUAGGGAAAAUAAUGGUUGGAUGAACUGACAGUGGAAACGAGUCAGAUGCACUUGUGAGAUGAACAAAAUUGUUAUUUAAAUGAGGAAAUAUCUGCUUAAAAGUACGUAAACAAAACCGAGAAUGUGACCUUUUGGUGGCUCUGUGCAACGGACGCAGUUCAGUCGGUACCCGGUUGAUGUUUCAUCCAGAAACUGCCUGUAGUCCUGCUGUGGCAGACCGCUUGAUUACUUGAAGCACUGAAACAAGAGAGGAGUGUUUGAAGGAGCGCUGAUCCAGUGCUGCAAGGCAAGAAGCUCACAGUUGAUUGGCCAGAGAUCUGGCUGUAUGACGCUGUCCCGCUGUUGUCAGUUUUAUUGCCCAAGUAGAUUUCAAACUUAAUAAGUGUGCGACAUGAAGAGCCGUAAGCCGGGACAUUUCUAGCUGCUCCUCAUCGAACCAGCAGGUACAUUUACGGUCAAAAUGUCUCUUCGUGCUCCACUGCUGCGACUGGUACCUUCAUGCUCUCCAGCCAAGGCAGCGCCGUGCCCUACCAGAGCACCCUUAUCGCGUCAGGCGUGUCAUGUUAUGUUUUUGUUGUUUUUUGGCCUCGCGUGCACUCCCACGGAACAGGUUCACGCUCGAAGUCGUUUACAGGUCCUGCAAAAACAGCCGGCGCCGCAGUCUCCGUUGUUGCCAGUCAACUCGUCACUUUAGCCAAACCACAGACGCUCCGUUGUGUCCUGCUCGGCUUUCGCUGCGGUUUCCUCCCGGGCCGGGCUUCAGUAAUGUGCGUCUGUAGAAUAUGACUGAAGCCUAGAGGUUGUUCACAGCGCUGGCUCCACAAUUAUGCACCAGUAAGCUACAACCAGGGGCCCCUGGCUAGAUGUUGACCAUAAUCCUGGCCUUUUUUGGGGGGGAGGGGGCAGCUCUGUCGGCAGUCAAUAUGCUAGUUGGACUAAAUGUCCCACCUCUUGCUCCAAAAUAGAGGCUCAUUAUAUGUACACUGAAGAUUUGAUUGGAUUACGUAACUCAUUUUUUCCUUAUCAGCCCUGUGAUAAAAUGCCUUAAAUAUGAAUUACUAUGGAUAGUUAUUAACUGGACAAAGCCAAAAACAUAAUUACAAAGCAAACACAGUUUUGCAGGGAGGAGAUUUGGAGAAGACAGAUUCAUGUAGAGAAACGUCUUCACUUUCCACCACUUAAACGUUAUGAUGAUACUCAGAUUACCCAGAAUAACCUCGAUGCGGAUGUAAAAGUCCGACGGACCGUGCAUGACACAGCAGAGUCGCCGGCUGAGGGCAGGGCUGCAGCCUCUGGCCUGUCGGGGCUGGUGGUGUAAAAUCAGACAAAUGGGCAUCUGUCGAAGAGCAGCGUGCUGAGGAGCUCGUGCGGAGCAGACGCUCGGCGCGUGCUGCUCCUUAAAGGGGCAAUCUGGCUCUUCGCACAGAUUGAGUCUGAAGCGUCACUGCGGAAAAUGUUGCUUGUUCCCGUGAUUGUUAAACGAGGGGCUAACGUCUCGCCACCGUGCACCCUGCACCUGGCGCAGCUCCUCCUGGGCCAGCCUACCACUUCCACGCGGGUGCGGCCCCGAGUCGCCGAGCGCCCUCCGCACGUGUGUGGGCACGACCGCGUGCGCAGACGGCCCGUCAGCCCUGAACCCUUUUCUGUCACCGCCGGCUGGAGUGACGGCAACACUUCCGGUUUAGUUUACUACCCGGCGGUGACCCGAUUCACUUCCCGGCGUGAAAUGCAAUAUUGGGGUAACGCGAAAUGUGGGGUCAGCAGGGACAUUGCCGAUCCCACGAACGGGCACGCACGUGUGCCCGCGGUGCUCUGUAGAAUACAGGGCGUCGAAGAGCCGCGUGUUGCCGAUGGCACCCGGAAACCCGUCGCUGCUCCUCUGCUCACCGUGUCUUGAAUCGCCCGGGGCGGCCGGUGAGAGAGCGACUCGGGGCUGCCAACCAGGAAACGGGCGCUCCGCGGUUUCCCCCGGAAGGCGCCUAAAACGCGCCCGGCGGAUCUGCACGGGCCGUGGAAACGUCUCCUGCCCGGGAAACUGUAACUAACUGCCCCAUUGUGCGUCUUCUAAACGGUACCAAGCAAAGCUCCCGGAAAGAGACGGAAACAUAAGCGCUUGUGUUGAGUUUGAGGCGGCGACCAGUAAACUGUCCGGUACAGACGGAGACUGGGACGGAAGUGCCGCCAGCACUGGUCAACCUUGAUACGCACCGUUAUGCACUAUCGAUUAUUCACCGACGCUUUUUCACGAUUCCUCGUCAGCUGUCGCUCGUGCAGCUCGGUUCAGCGACCUUUUCUUUGCACAUUUUAAAGACUAUUGUUUUUUUUAUUUUUACACAAGUGUGAGUGUGAGCGUGCGUGCGUGUGCGUGUGCGUGCGUGUGUGUGUGUGUGCGUGUUAGCAAUGACCUGUACAUGAAUGUAAUGUCUCAUUUUUACCGUCAGAUGGCCUCGUUCACCACAGUGGAUUAACUCUUCGGUACCAGUAUUUGCCACCUGCAAACGCCAAGAUACACCUGUAGUUCUCUCUCUCUCUCUCUCUAUAGUGUCUAAAGCCACUGCUGCCACUCCUGGGUGUGUGUAUGUGUGUGCGCGCGCGUGCAUGUGUGUGUGUGUGUAAUUUGUAUGCGUGCGUGCGAGUUUGUAAACGUGCAUUUACUGCAAUUUGUGCUCAUUGGACACUGCACCCGAGAUGCCUUGAGCAUUCUGACUGUAGGGGGUGAGAACAUUAAAAAUAAUAAUAAUGAAAAUGAAAUAAAAAAUCAUGUACAAAUGUAUAAAAUGAAAAUGUACCCUUUUUUUAAAGAAAAGUACACUUAUAUCCCACAUGUUUGGUCUCUGUGUAUUGUAAAAGAAGCCAUGUUUAUAAUUCUAAUUGGUUUGUGACCAAUACGCCUGUUUAUAUCAGAUCUGUAUAUCAGUGGUACGCAUAAUUUUUUAAUAUAUAUUUUUUAUUUUACCUUUUUUUUAAAUGGGAGAUUUUAUGCAUGGUUGGGUCCUGAGAGACGCAGCGGUGCCGUUGAAUGGUUGCUGUUUUUUGGCAAAAUUCUGGAGUAUUGCCACAGCUCUGUGUUCAUAAUUACAACAAUUAUGACUAUGACGA